GUUUUCGCCGCGCUGGCCUGCCUGAUAUACUUGCAAGCGCAGGUCGAGGCGUCCCCUCGCAUAGAUUGCAUGGAGUAUUUCGCUGGCAGAAAGGCCAUCACGAACGGUUGCAAGCGCCUCAACUACACAGCGUGCAGCUUCGAGAAGGAAGAGUACGAAGCAAUGCAGGACAUCUUGAAGGCGGCGGGCUAUUGCCGCGCCAUCCACAUGACCACGGAGUUGAAGAUGGGCGGGAUGCACUGGCAGGCCCCUGUCUGCAGCACGUGGACGUGGGUCAACAG